UCAAGCUGUAAGUGACCGCUUAACCAGCAGCCUGAAAUGCUCGGUAUCAUACAUUUUUACUCGUGGAGCGUCGCAAUGGCCAUGUGGAAUCCGUGGUCAUUCGCCGUAGGAGGCUUUGCAGUCCAUCCCGUGGUGCAUGAACAUAAAGAAAACGACCAAAUGAAGAUCGUUGUUAUUGAGCCCGGUCGUGCCAUGGAGCUGAAGAGGGCAUCCAUCCUGGCGCCAGUCAUUGUGCUUCGUGAAUACACCAAACAAAGAACUACCGAGAGAUACGUGAAUGGCACAUUUUAUGAACGGCACCUCUAUGAAAACCCUUACCUUAAAGCAUCAUUGUUAGUUAAACCACACAGAAGAGGACACUAUCAUAUUGUGGGCGUCAUUAAUUCAACGCAUUAUAUAAAACCAUUAAGAAACCAGAUGGAUUUCAAGGGAAGAACACGGCAUAUUAUACAGAAGAUUCCAUCCUCGCAAGGUCACACCUGCCAGAAUACGAUAGGUGCAAGAUCUAUCUUCAGCGAAAUUUUUGGAUUACCAAGAGCGAAAAAACAGCCCCGUGUGCAUAUCAUUGAGACUUCUAUUAUCAGCGACUACAGCCAUACGAAGAGCCUUGAAGUUAGUUCGCUGGAUCCUUUAGAGUACGUGAUAACAUAUAUGCACCGGGUGAGCCUUGACUUUAACCAGCUAAAGCCCUCUGUUAAAAUCAUGCUGACCGGAUACCAGACCACACGUGAGGAAGACGUCGAAUAUGUCAACUUCACAUCAAGAGGAGUUCUGGCAGCGAUGGAAACGGUAGUAAAGCUAACAAGCUAUGUCGCAAAAACGAAACCGCAUAAGGAAGCUGACUUGGUCAUCCUCAUCUCAGCAGCUGAUAGACGAGUGGACGAGGCGACGGGCAGUGGUUCAUUUGAAACCGCCCCACUGAUCGAGCUGGGUGACUGCUCACCUUCGCACGACCGCGCCGCUACCGCACCAAUGAUUUCCUGCGAAGCCGGUGUGAAGACGCAGACGUUGCUGCAGAAUGCCGUGCAGAUGAUCCAAGCACUUUUGGGAGCUGUGCAAACGCUUUUGGCUGGUCCAAAAAGCGGUCACCCCGCUGUUAUGUUGCCUUUGCCAACGUGCAGCGGAUAUGGUGAUCUGCCCACUGUGCGAGAUUACCUCGACUCUCUGUCCCGGUACUAG